AUGUCGACCUUUUCGGCGACGCCCCACGAACGCGUCGCGACUCCCGUCACCCCCCGCCACUCUCCACCACCGUCACUGCACUCCGCCUCCUCUGUGCGCUCCUACACCCCCGUCCACUCUCUCUCGCUGCACGAGUAUCGCAAGCAGAGAAGCUCGCCAAGAACCCCCGAGCCACCCGAAGGCCGCCGGCUGAAGAGGAAGGCGGCCGCCACCCGCUUGAACGCCAGCGAGCGUGAGCCACUUCUUCACCAGCCCAACCCUCCGCGGCUGCCUCCGACUCCGCCGUCAACCUCACACUCGGAGCCGACCCGCCGCGAGCCCGACUCUUCGUUUAACUCCCUGCGCGUGUCCUCCUUCCGCUCGCUUCCAGCUCUGCAGCAGCGCCCGUCGCUGGGCCUACGCGACAUUGCCCGCCUCAACGCGUCGUCUGCAGAUCUUCCGCCCGUCAACCCGUCACACGCGCCCGCUCUUCCACGCGACUUUGGCCUGGGCUCACGCAAGAGACUGCCGCGACCGAAAGACGUCGAGAUCCGCCGACCCUUCGCCACUUCGCCUAUUCCAACCGAGCCAUCCAGCCUCGAUCUGCUUUCAACUGCAGGUCUUGCCAGUACCUCCACCUUCACCCUCUCAAACUUUCAGUUUCCCGAGCCACCACACCCUCGGCUCGCCACCCAAAGCCCCACUCCGCUGAACCUUUGGCCACGAGACUCGCAUCCUGCGCCCACGCCCUCACUGCUUGACACUCCCCCGGCUACUCCAGCCCUUCUUCACUUCAGAGGCACGUCUUUCGAUGUUGUUAACCCCCACAACUCUCUUUACCUUUCGAAUUUGGAAACCCCCGCAGAUCAGGAUGAACCCAAUGACUACUUUCACAGGACGUCGCUGGACCAGCUAUUGCCAGCCGACAUGCCGCCUGGGUCUGUCACGGACGAUGGCGUUGCGAAGCAGAUGCCGCGGCCUCUUUUCAACGACUUUAGGUCCGCGCAUGCCUCAAUCGCAAAGACCAACCCUCAACCUUCGCAACAAGCCGAGCGACCAGUCCAUGAUCACGCCGACGCUAUCUUGUCUUCAGCAACGCCUGCCGCUCAUUUGAGCGCCAAACCCGAUCGACGAGCUUCAAUCAUCGAUCGUGCACGUACCGUGUUUCGUAGAAAGGAGAGCAAGCCCAUGCAGGUGGACGAAGGGCUCAAGGGUUUAGCUUACAGCUCAACUUCGGUCGCUUACCAUACCCCGACGACGGAUGCUUCCGGCUCAUCUGCGACGAUAGCGCCUGGUCAGGCUAGGGCGGAUGCUACGCGUCCUUCUGGUGACACGUGGGAAACCCUCUCGGACUCGGCCGGUCCGCAAUACGACCAGGCAUCCGUAUACCCCGAUACCGAGUUUGACUCGAACUCCUUGUACUUUGGGCCAAUCAACAAUCGCUUGAGUGCUCCGUUCGGUGUCAAGAACCAGAUCACGGACUACAGCGGCGAGAUCUUGUACAAGUUCGAAGACACGCCCCGUCACUCGGUAUACACGAACCUAUCCCGCCAUCCCUCAGUAGAGAGUCGCGGCGCCUGCACGCUGUCAAAGAACAUUGACAAUACACUGGGCAAUAUAUACGACCAGUACGGCGGUCAAGACACGUUUGACGCGACCAAAUCCACCAACCAGCUGUUAACGGAUGACGAAGACGAUGACGAUGAUACGAUCAGGGUCCCCAGUCUCCGCAGCAUGGUUCCCUCAAGCCCCCACGUCGACCGCGUUUCGGGACUAAGUAAAUUCGACUUCGGCCUCGACGAGGUGCGCAGCAGCGGCGAUCCGGAGAGCCCUGUGACAAGCCCUGUUACCCCUCAGGAUGGCGUGUUCCCAAGGGCACUUGCCAUGAUGCGCCCUUUGCCGGGAAAGCCACCGAACUCUCCGCCUCCUCUUGCUUCUGGGGAGCUCGGAGAGGCUCAUCGGGUUUACACCCAUGUAUCAGACGACUUUUCCAAUCGGGCCUCGUCUUACGGCGACACAAGGAAGCUACUGGGCAUUUCUGGUAAUACUGAUGCGAUGAAUCGGAUGUCUGCGAUCACUGAGGCUAGCCGUCUCUCUCAGGGCGAUAAGCUGCCUCAAUCGCCUUUGCAAGAGCUCAUGGAGCGGUGUGACAGCCAGAGGGGAACACCAGAGCUCGAGAAGUAUCGAGACCACACUCAGAACGACCUACCCAGCUCUGAGACGAACGCGAGCAUGGAAUCCGAUGUGAGCGUCGGCGGCAUGACCUUCCAGAUGCCGGAGAAAGAGAACGCUGCGCCUAUACAGCCCGAGCCCAGUCUUCGUAGACAAGCGACAGUCAGUAAUGCUGAGCGCAAGAGCACUGGCAGUGAUAUUCCAGCAAUCUGGAUGCGUUCAGUGUCUCCUGGCCCACGCAACGAAUCGCCGGCAACUCUGGCUACCGAGGGCUCGGAUGGCGAUUGGGAGACCCUGGCCCAAACGACGACUGCUGGAGAUCGCACCCGUCGGAACUCGACUGAACCGGCGCUUCCCACUCCGGACUCUUCCUCUCUGAAGAGGACCAACACCAACCCGUGGCGGCGCAACAAGCUGGCAGAGGUGGAAACCAGUAGCCCAGUCAUGACGUCGCCCUCUGACAUGAUAGACAUUCCACGCUUCCCUCGGGAUAGCCAGCUGUCGUUCCUUCGACAAAGCCGUGCUGCGAGGGACGUUCGGCGUUCUACCGUGAGCACUUCGAACUCGGCAAACUCGCGUCCCUUUGAGCUUUCCGCAACCCAGGUCAAGAACCUCCUUGCCUUCGGGCCAAACGAUGAAAUCGUCGAGGAGCAUGAAAUGUCCCCUUUGGCUCAUAAAACCGUUUCUCACGGGCUGGGUCCCUCUAGUUGUGUGGCAAAUGGGAGCAGUCGCGUCAACUCGUUCGACAAAUUUACGCUUGUUGGUCCCGAAGCCAAUCUGACUGGUACGCCAAUGGGUACUGGCAUGCGCUUUGCUGGCAGUAGUACUGUCGGCUCCACCCCUUCAACCAACAACAGAGCUUACCAGGAAAUCCUCACCAGCUCUCCUCCAGGAAUGUCCACUCCUGCACGGCAGAGUCUUCUGGGCAGGUCCAAUAACACCGCGAGGUGCAGCCCAAGCGGGAGUCUUAUGGCCAAUACAGGCCAAAACAACCCUUUCCAAACCCCUUCGUCUUACAGGCCAUCGCCUCUUGCUAGAGGGAGCAUCGUCAGUAGCUCAUCCAGUAGGGCACCGCCACUCAGCUAUGGUAAGGAGAUUGAGGAUCUCCGCGCUGCCUCAUCAAGCCGUGCCGAGCGCUACCGUAAGAUGAAGUCUACAUCAGUCGGCUCUUCAAUGAACAGUACCCCGCGUGUCAAUGGCAUGCCCAUGUCGCGGGCGUCAGUUGCUGGGAUGACUUCCCCUUUCCCGUUGACGCUUCGCUGCCAGGAUAGCACUACAUUCAGUUGCAACCCUUCUGAACCUGGCACAGUGGUUCGCCCUGGCUCCGGCCGGACGGCGGAGCCUCUUCACCGUCAUUCACCUCAUUUGCUGCAGCUACCAAGGCCAUGCUCGUCUGAUAUGACUGACAAAGUCAAGAAAAAGGAACGCCUCUCGUGGAUAAUCUUCGCAAUGUGUGCUUGGUUUCCUCCAACCGCCAUGCUCCUGUUCCUGGGAGCGUUUGACGGCUUGAUGUUCCAGAUGAGCGGCCGCGAGAUACUUCACGUCUCCCAGUUCCAGAAGAAGUCUGCCAUGGUCGCCUUCGUUGCAGAAGUCAUUGUGCUGGUCUUGAUUCUGGCCCUGUGGCUUGGCCACGUCUUUUAA